UGUAAAUUUUUUUCUGAGUGUUCUGUGUGUGUGAGUGAGUGUGUGCGGAAUUCAUUCGAUCUUCCUUAUUUUUUUUUUUUGUUAUUUCGUAUUGUGCUCAUUGUUUUGUGUUGUUUAUAGCAAAUUGAAUUUGAUUUUUGACUCUUGAAUUUGAAAAAAAAAAUUCUACAACAAUCAUGAUGGCCAAAAUUGUUGAUGAAAUUGUUGAUAUUGAUAUAUUUAAAAAAGUUUUUAGUGGAAUCGAUAAAAAUUUUAUUAUAUCAAUCGUUUCGAUUUCCAGUUUAUUCGAUGAUGGAAAGAAUUUUUUAUUGAUGACAAAAAAUUCUACUUUUGCUUAUGGUGGUCGAAUUUGUAAAAUGUUAUCAUUGGAACAUGAUUCAUCCAGACCGCAACCAAUUUUUUCAUUGAAUGAUAUGAAAAUUGUUCAAGUAGAUUUUGGUAACAACAUUGUCGUUCUUCUAACUAAUGAUGGUCAAGUUUAUGUAGCCAUAGAUUAUGAUGAGGAUGAAUGUCAGGAUGUAUCAUUUGGAUUAAUAAACGUCAAUCAUAAUGAUGAUCGUUUCAAAAUGAUUGCUUGUGGAGCAUCGGAUUUUCUAUUGUUACGAAAUGAUGGUAAAGUUUUCAAAAGUUUUGAUAGCAUUUAUAAUUCCGAAAAAGCUCGACAAAAACGUAUUAAACGUGUUGAUGAUUUAAGGAAUGUGAAACUUAUUGCUUGUGGUCACAGUCAUUAUUUUGCAUUGACAAAUGGACAAAAACUUUUUUCAUGUGGAGCCAACAAAUAUGGACAAUUGGCUCUUGCUAAUCGUAAAAGUGUUAGUAAGCCAACAUUAUUACAACUUUUUGGUGAACAAUCAAUCAAAGAUAUUGCAAUUGGCAAGUAUUUUUCCUUGUUUUUACUCGAAAAUAAGAAGCUUUAUUUUUGUGGCAUCGAUUUGAAAAACGAUAUUGGAAAUAAUAAGGAUCGUGACAUAAUUGUCUCACCAAAAUUAGUUCUUAGACAAGUAGAAAGAAUUGCUACUUCAAAAUCUAAGAGAUUUGCCUUAGCUUAUGGUAAAUCAUCGUAUUAUGUAUGGGGAAAAAUUUACAGACGUCAUUGGCCUUCAUUGGCUAAAUUCAAUAUUCAAUUCAAUUCAUUUGCCGCUAUUGUAGCCAAAUAUUCACCCUCACCUUUUACAUUUGGUCUGACAUCAACAUUUUAUCAACUUGAUGAUUGUAAACAUUUACUUUGCAAACCCGAAGAAUCGAUUCUUCGAUUAUUUAAUAAUCCGGAUAAUUAUGAUGUUGAAUUUAUCAUUGGCAAA